AUGUUUAACUUGUUAAAAGCGCCAGCUCCGUCCAAGCUUAAGUCCUCGGCGGCGGCAUUCGAGUACAUUGAGCACGCCAUGAUCCUAAUGGGAUGGAUACCACCACAAGGAGGAUGGACACCCGCCAGAGUAGUACUAGCGGCUAUCAUUGUGGCUUGGUCCGAUGUCUAUGUGCCAAUUGGAGUCUUUAUCACUUUUUUCGUGGAUCUGAAAACACUUUCAACGACUGAAGCCCUGUCCGUGCUGCAGGUCGCACUCAAUGCAAUGGGAUUUCCCUUGAAGUUGUUUUUCCUCAGGCUCAAUAUGCGGCGUUUCUACAGGAUCAAGGAGCUCCUUGGCCGCAUGGACGAGCGUUGCAUCGGCUUAUCGGAGCGCAUCGAGGUACAUCGCUGGGUGGCUCGAUGCAACAUUGUAUAUCUCAUCUACCAGUUAAUCUUCACAUCCUACACAAUGUCGACUUUCCUCACGGCAACCUUCUCGGGAGUGGUGCCAUGGAACAUCUAUAACCCAUUCAUUGAUUCGCACAAGAGCACGAAGAACCUUUGGAUAGCUUCACUGCUGGAGCUGAUUCCCAUCAAAUGUAUAGUCAUCCAAACCUGUAUGAUUGAUGUAUUCCCCCUGCUGUUUGGUCUCAUCCUACGAGCUCACAUAAAGCUCCUCAAACAGCGGGUCGACAAACUCUGCUCGGAUCCCACUAAGAGUGAUGAUGAAAACAAUGAGGAUCUGGUGAACUGCAUCGAGGAUCACAAACUUAUUUUGGAAUACGCCGCUCUCAUACGUCCUGUCAUCGAGCCUAUAAUUUUUGUGCAGUUCCUGCUGGUCGGGCUGGUCCUGGGUAUAUCCCUUAUCAAUCUUUAUAUCUUUGCCGAUUCCUGGUCAAAAUUGGCUAUUGGGGUGUAUAUACUCGUUCAGAUUUCCCAGACAUUUCCCUUCUGCUGCACAUGUGACCUCAUCAGAGAGGACUGCGAGACCUUGGCCGUGGCCAUAUUUCACUCCAGCUGGAAGAACUCGGAUCGUAAAUAUAGAAGCUCGUUGCUGUACUUUCUGCAGAAUGCUCAGAGAACGAUCUCCUUCACCGCCGGAUCAAUAUUCUCCAUAGGCCUGAAUACGAAUAUCAGGGUUGCCAAACUGGCAUUUUCUGUGGUGACAUUUGUGAAGCAAUUGGGAUUAGGAUAA